UGCACAGCGAAGACGCGUGCACACGGCAAGACACACAAACAAAGAAGAAAGCACAUCAGAGUCUGAAAAGGGGGGGGUGAAUAAGUGACGUGAUCGGCGCUUUUUGCACGCCAUUCGCUUUGAUCGUGGCAACGAGAGACUUGUUCGACGUCGUUUUCUUCCAGGAUUUUCAUCUUGGCCAGUUCAACAAGAAAGGAUCACACACACACACACACACACAAUACAUAUAUUUGUUUUUAAAACAAAAUCUGAGAAGUGUAUAUAAUUGGCUGGUGGAUCUUACAGUGGCCGUACUUGAAAACGAAUCGUUUGGCUCACGUUUUUGCGGAACUUGCGGUUUAAAGCGAAUACAAAAAUAUCAACGUAUACAAGCUGAGAGUGAACAAACAGUUUAGUUUUUUUGUUUUUUUUUGUUAUUUUCUGAUCUGAUCGGAGAUUUAAAAAAAAAAAAAAUGUCGGAUGAUGCGCAAAACAUGUCCGACAUUAACUGGCACGGCUUAGACAGUUAUCCGCUGGAUGUGUCCACGGAGGAUGAAUUGGUUAACAUCAACACCAGCAGCAACCGGUCUCCAAGUCCGAUCGAAUCGUUGUUAGGUGAAUUGUCGGGUUCUCAUUCGCUGAUCUUCAUGGAAAACGCCGAAGAAAUGCUGUUGCCGUGGAAGAAUAAUCCCAAUUUCUUGCCCAUCGUUUUGACGCACGUUAUCACUUUCGUAAUUGGCCUGGCCGGAAACAUUGUCGUUAUUAGCACCAUGAGUCGCGGACACGGCGAGCGCUCCGUUACCAGCAUGUUUCUGGUGAGCUUGGCGGUGGCUGAUCUUCUGUUGGUAGCUGUGAGCGCCCCGCUCGAGACCAUGGGCUACUUCCUGAAUCCGUGGACAAAAGGCGGCCGACUCUGUCAACUGCAGUACUAUGUGGAAAUGUUGUCAGCUGUCGCUUCCGUUCUCAAUCUCACAGCAGUCAGCUUAGAAAGGUAUUUAGUCAUUGUAUACCCAAUGAAAUCACGAUCGUUUUGCACGCUGCACAAUUGCAGAAGAGCAUUGAUUGCAGUCUGGAUUUUUGCCCUUUUACUAACAGCUCCGUCCGUUUGGGCCAGAGACAGCGUGACAUACAUCUAUUAUAACAACAAGACGUCCGUUGCCGUUCACUAUUGCAUGGAUACGGGAGAUAUUGGCCAAGAUCAAGGUUUAGGUGCUUACAGCGGUUUCGUCAUCGCCCUUUAUCAACUUCUCAUCAUGCUCGUCUUUCCGCUACUGCUCAUGAUUAUCUGCUACUCACGAGUCAUUCAGGAGCUAUGGCUUUCCACAAAGCAAAUCACGGCCAUGACACGCGAAUGCAACAGCGGCUCACCUCGCCGUCUCGACGUACAAAAUGUUCAAACAGGAUGGGGAUCCAAUCACGGCCCAGGACUCAACACUGUCGCAGGCCGGCUUAGCCACGUGCAAUCUCAUCCUCAAGAGCAUCAUCACGCUCGUAAACCGGCCAAUAAGUACGGUCAUUCACGCAGCGGUGACGGUGCUAAACAAGCCCGUAAACAGGUCAUCAAGAUGCUGAUAUUGGUCGUUCUGUUAUUCCUCGUUUGUUGGGGACCAAGGCUAUUACUGAAUGUAAUAAUCAAGUGGGGCCUGCCCAGCUAUGACCACACGGUUUACCAAUUACGUUUUGUUUUCUAUUUGCUCCCGUUUGUUCACAGUUGCAUCAAUCCUGUUAUUUACGGGUUCAUGUCGACUAACUUUCGGCGUAUGAUGGUGCGAUGUUGCACUCGGAGACGAAGAUUUUCACAAAUGUGUAGCUGUUUCGUUCGUUGCUGCGAGGACGAUGACGCCCACAGUGCUAGACCAAACUCUGUUAUGUUUGAAAUGAGUAACGGAACUGGACUGCGGAGACAUGGCACGCUUGGUCACACGUCAGCCUAUUGCGUCUCAAUAGCUACGACCGAAGCCACCCUGGCAACGGCUGUUCCACGCGGCUCUUUAUAUCAAGAACGACCAGGUCUUUUCACUACAGACGACAUGUAAAAAAGGCUUAGAUAGACUACACCUUUUAUGUUGUGCAAAAGAUGAUCUCAAAUCAACGGGGAAGUUUGUGUUACAAACAUGAGCUUACUAUUUGACAAUGCAACCAUACGCAGUUGUCGCCUAUUACCUGCAACAAAAUAUGUUAUUUGACGUAAGAAAACAACUUAAAUAUCGUUUAUGUUUCAAUGUGCUAUUCCGUCGUUUUUUACGGUGUUUCAACUGCACUCAACUCAUUUCAUUGUAUGGUGAUGAGACAAAUCAAUACACACGAUGUUUAUUGUGUAA